UGCUUCAGACGUUAUGUUAGACUGUUGGAUAGAUAUUGGAAAUGAAUAUAAUAUGGAUUAGUAAAAACUCGGAAUAAGUCAGAUCUAUUUAUAUUUUUUCAAUAAAUUGGUAAUAAAAUUAGAAGAUGGAAAGAGAAUCAAAGAUAAAGAAUGAAUUAAAUGGGAAAACGUUCAAUUCUAAUGAUAAAGUUGAACAAAUGUCAGUUGGUGCUGAUUCCACAAUGCUAAAUAAAGAUAACGACGAAGAUGCACUACAUGAUGUAACUGAAGAUGUUGAGGAAUGUGAAAGUUGGGCUCCAGAGGACAAGAGUUGGGCUCCUGUAGAUAAGGGGUGGGCGUGGGUCAUCCUUGCAGCAUGUGUGUUUGAGAUUAUAAUAUACGGCGGUCUACUGCGAUCUCUGGGUGUCUUCUUCCUUCAGUACCAGACCAGGUUCAACUCCAAUGCCUCGGAAACAGCACUAAUGAGUCUCAUACAGAAUGUCGUCCUCAGUGUUACAGUAAUCUUCGUAAUGACCGUCGGACUGAAGAAAUUCAGUAGCCGUGUUGCAGUGUUUAUUGGUGGCUGCUUUACGGUUGCUGCUUACAUGGUAACAGGCUUUGCUACCGACAUCAGAGUGUUCUAUUUUGCUCAAGGAGUACUCGGUGGUAUUGGUUUGGCAAUGAUCCACUCACCCAUGCUUGCAGUUAUUGGGGUUUACUUUUAUAAACACAGGGGCCUUGCGAAUAGUGUGUUCAAUGGAGGUGGAUCAGUUGGAGGCCUUAUAUUUGCACCUAUCAUUGUGAAAAUAUUUGAGGAAUAUCAAUUCACCGGUGCCAUGCUAAUAUUUUCUGGUCUACUUAUGAAUAUUUGCGUUUCGGCUCUUGUCCUGCGACCCAUAGAAACUUACCACAAAAAGAAGAGAUUUAUCGACGAAGCAACAGAAAUUACCGAACAGGACAAACUUCUUCUUCAAAAAGACAGUAAUAAAUCUAAAAACAAUUUUGACAAGCAAGCAUUAAAGCUAAAUGGAAUAAAGUUAGAAGCAGGCCUCUUUCUUUCAGAUAAUAAACUAAACCAAAAACAUCAUCCUUUAGCCAAAUCAAAUGAUUCUAACCAUUUGCAGACCCUCGAGCCAAAAUUCAUUGAUCAUCAGUCUAAAGAGUCACCUUUGCUUCAACGCGUGCGAGCUUAUUCUGUCGGGAUUAGACAAAGGACGUUUUCCGAGCAUAAUCAAAGAUAUGAUAGCGAAAAUAAUUUACAUCAUAGAAAGAAUCCAAUCAAAGGAGUGAUUGACGCUAUAUCAAGAUCUCAGGUGGCACUAUACGCCAGCAGCAACGGCAUGUACGGCUCAGUGAUUGAUGUUGAUAUGCAACCAGGAAAUAUAAGUAAUCAUCCAAAAGAUCAUGAUAAUAAAGGAGAAAAAGAAAUUAUUGAACCAACUGAAGCAGCGGUCGGUUGCGGCUCAAAUAUAAAGUCAUGUUUUAUAUCUGUCUUGUGUACUGUGUUUGAUUUAGGAUUAUUACGAAAUCCAGUUUUCAUAACUUAUCUCUUAAUGGCAUUUUCCAUACACGCAGGAUUACACCUGGUCCCGAUCUUUAUGCCGGCUCAUGCAAAAGACAUUGGCAUCAGUAAUGAAAAGAUUGGACUUUUGAUAUCUCUCACGAUGGUAAUUGACUUGAUAUCAAAAAUAUUGGUUGGUGUCAUAGCGGAUAGAAAACUGGUUAGAACGCCGACUAUAUUAGUAAUAGUAUCUAUAGUAAUGGGGACAACGUCACAUCUAUUACGUUUCGUUAAUUCGUUCUCUUCAUUGCUGGUAUUUGUUGUUGUUGUAGGUAUUUGCUGUGGCCAGUACAUGUCUCUUUUUGGGGUGGUAUUAAUGGAGGUGAUAGGACCAGAAAAAUUCAAAAGCUCUCUAGGCUUUGGGCAACUCGUACACGGAGCAACUAUUGCAAUAUUCUUUCCCGUUACAGGUUUGUUACGUGACGUCACCGGAUCAUAUGUUGCGUCUUACCAUUUAUUAGGUUCGUUGACGUAUCUAGCCGGUGCAAUGGCUUUCAUUAUUCCAAUUGUAAAUAAAAGGAAAGGCAGGGACAGUAUUACUAAACAUGUUGAUAACAACAACAUGACUGUUAGAUUAACCAAGUCCUCCGAUGUUGAGGAAAAUCCAGGACCUGGAAAUGGACAAGAAUCUAUGACAGAUGAAAAUACACUUAAAAUUUUAAGAGCUAUAUCUGAAACAAAAGAUGAAAUACGAGAUGUUAAGUUUGAGCUAAAAAGUAUGAAAUCAGAAUUAGUAUAUUUGAAAACUGAAAUGAGCAUGAUCAGGUCAAAAGUUACUACAAUUGAGGAAAAUCAGCAAUAUCUAGAGGAAAAAGUCAGAGAAAUUGAAAAUGGAUAUGAAAUGUUGAAAUAUAGUCAAGAUGUAGUGAAUUCUGAUAUAAGUUCCUUAUCAAUGGCGGAAGAAAAACGUGAGGAAAGGCUUAGUAAUAUUGAAAAGCAGCUGAUGAUAACUGAAUCGGAAAGGCUGAAGUGUUCGCUGAGAAUUUUUGGACUGAAAGAGAUUGAGGAAGAUAACACAUCACUCAAAGGUUUGAUAGUUGAUGAAGUUCUUAGUGUAUUUAGAAGUGAUGAAGUUAAUCUAACUUCUGAAACAAUAUUGUUUGCCAGACGAAUAGGGGAAAAAUCGGAUGAAAGUGCCAGGAUGGUAAUAACGACUUUUGCGAAUAGUGAAGAUAAAUUCAGGUUAUUAAAGUAUAGAGAUGUCCUGCGUAGUAGAGGAAUUCGCAUCUCCAAUGACUUGUCAUUCAUACAACGCCAACAAUUGAAGGAGAUAAAGCAGGGUGGUUUGCAAGGUUAUUUUAGAAAUGGGAAAUUGCAUACAUACAAGCCUCAAUCUUGUACUGAAUACACUGGUAAUACUCGAGUUUUCAAGCGAGCUUCUCGUCAAGUCGACCAUCAAAAUGACAUAGGCCCAACUGAUCAAGAUAUCAUGGAGACAGGACCUAGUGUUAUUGAAAGUCAGCAAAUCAGCAGCAAUGAUCCUAAUCUUAACUAUGAGUUACUGAUAAAUGGAGAUUUUAAUGCCAGAACAGGCUGUAUAGCUGAUUAUACAUUAGGGGAUACAAAUAUUCCAGAAUUGAAUGAAUAUAAUGAUAUUCUUGAUGUUUUUAACAAAUUAGAUAUAGAAAAAGCCAUGACAAAACCAAAUUUAAGUGAGGUAAAUGGACCUGAUGGACAGACAAUGGAAAUGAAAACAAAGGAUGAAGAUGAAGAUGAAGUUGACGGGGCUGAAAAAGAAGAAACAAAAGUUGACGUAAAAGUUCGGCAAAGUGGACCUCCUAUUGACAGAGGAUAUGCAUGGGUCGUACUUGCAGGUUGUGUACUUGAAACUUUCAUUUACGGUGGUCUCAACAAGUCAUUUGGCGUAUUUUUCCUGCAAUACCAGAUGAGGUUCAAUUCUAAUGCUUCAGAGACAGCACUGAUGAGCCUCGUUCAAAACGUUGUAAUUAGCAUAACAGCUCUACUCGUAAUGACCAUAGGUUUAAAGAAGUUCAGUACACGUGUAGCUGUAUUUAUUGGUGGUACUCUCACGGUAGCUGCCUAUCUCAUCACUGCCUUCACUAGCGAUAUCAGAGUGUUUUAUUUUGCUCAAGGUGGCCUUGGAGGUGCUGGAAUGGCUUUGAUUGUACCUCCGAUACUGGCAACAAUAGGUGUUUACUUUGAAAAGCAUCGAGGUCUAGCAAACGGCAUAUUAAUGGGAGGAUCGUCUGUAGGUGGUCUUAUAUUUGCUCCUGUCACUGUUAAACUAUUUGAUGAAUUCCAGUAUACGGGGGCGUUCUUAAUAAUAUCCGCUCUUCUGAUGAAUAUCUGGGUGUCCGCCCUCCUAUUACGCCCGAUCGAUAGCUACACAAAGAAGCAAACAAAAUCUGCUGAAACCCCGGAACAACCUGAAGAGCAAUCUCCUUCAGUACAGUCAGCAUGUAACGAAGAUCCUAAUAAAGUAGACAAGUUGGCAUUUGAGGAAAUAAAUGAGGAGACUGUGGUUAUAAAAUCUGAACAUGAAGAAAAAGAACAUUUUCUAGAACACCCUGCCGUAAAAUCGACCGAAUUUACUCGAAUGCAAUCAUAUGAUCCAAGCAUUCUUGACAGGAAAUACCAAGCAUCACCUUUGCUACAACGCAUGCGCACGAAUUCUCAAAGACUUCGUCAGAGGACAAUAUCUGAAAAUAGCCAACGAUACAAGAGUGAAAAUGAUGUUCAUCAUAGUAAACAUGCUUUGAAAGGAGUUAUUGACGCAAUUUCUCACUCGCAAAUUAAUGUUUAUGCAAGCGGAGAGGGAAUUUGUGGUUCAUUUAUAAGUUUAAACGUUCCUUCAGUGCAGGAGAUUUCGAAGAUUGACGGUGUUGAAGCGAAAAGUGAUUCAGAUGAAAUUAACGAAAAGAACGACGAUAGUAGUAAAUGUUGCACAUUAGUUUUAAACGUUUUGCGAACUGUAUUUGACGUAGGGCUACUAAAAGAUCCUGUUUUCAUAACAUUUAUGUUCAUGUCAUUUUCCUUGAUAUCAGGGGUUGCGUUAAUACCGGUUUAUAUGCCAACCCAUUCAAAGGAUAUUGGCAUCAGUAAUGAAAAGAUUGGGCUGUUGAUUUCUCUAAUGGCUGUUAUUGACCUAGUCUCAAAACUUAUUCUUGGUGUGGCAGCAGACAGGAAGUGGUUCCGGAGGUCGACGAUGAUGCUCGUUCUGUCAUUUAUCUUAGGAACGACAAUCCAUCUGAUGCGUUUUGUGAAUUCAUUCGAAACCAUGGUUAUAUUUGUUGUUAUAGCAGGUAUUUGUUGUGGCCAGUACAUGUCAGUAUUUUCUGUGAUACUUAUUGAAGUUAUUGGACCAGAAAAGUUCAAGAGUUGUUUAGGAUUUGUAACUGUUGUACACGGCACGUCUAUUGCAGUGUUCUUUCCAAUUGCAGGUCUCCUUCGUGACGUCACCGGAAGUUACGUCGCUUCAUUCCAUCUGCUUGGUGGACUUGCAUAUGUUGGCGGCGUCCUUGCUUUUCUUAUUCCAAUAGUAAAUAAAUGGAUGAAUGGUAAAAAAGAAAAAGUUUUAACAGAGGAUCCAGCUAAUAAAACAUAGAUUGUAAAAUAUUGUUAAUUAUUUAUACAUAGAAAAAAUAUUGUAGAAGAUUUA